ACACACUCACACACACACUCUCUCAGAGGUCGCAGAGAAGAAACCCCACCGCUUCAUGUUGUUCUCCAACAGCCUCCAUGUAGCUCCCCUCGUCUGCACGGUGAACCGACAGGAGACUAUGAGUGGAAACACCUGAGAACACCUGGGUGCGGCACACUGUCGAGAGAGGAACCUGCACGGCGCAUUUCUCUGCCUUUUGUAUUUCCUUUGCUGAAUGUCGUGGACAUUUUGAAUUUUUUUUUUUUUUUAAAUGCUCUGUGUCACAAAGUCUGACCAAUUAAGGAGCAUUUUUUCCCCCACCUAUCUUCAGCUACUUUGUGUGAGUUAACAACAACAAGAAGGUGAAGACUUUCGAGGCUGAGAAACGUUAAAGAAGUUGAGGAGCGUUCAGGGCCAGCAGCUUUAAGUGUUAGCUAGCUGCUAACACACACACACAAGCUAAAACUGGAACUGAACUACCCUGAAGCGAAUCAGUGAGGCUGGCUAAUGCCCUCUCUUCGAGGUAUCUUUUGGAUAGUAACACCCUGACACAACCUGGACGUCUAACAGGGAGACAUUGACUCUACUUUCACAAAGAUAAGCAAGUUGUUGCUGUCGGAUCUAUCAUCUGCAAUCCACUUGGAUCCAGGUGCUUGAGUCCUAAAUGACAAGUGCCUGAGGAUGUCCAAGCGGAGUUUGUUUGUUCGUCUGGUGCCGUGCCGCUGCUUGCGGGGUGAGGAGGAGGCAGUAACAUCGCUGGACUACUCCCACUGCAGCCUGGAGACUGUUCCUAAGGAGAUCUUUAGCUUUGAGAAGACUCUGCAGGAACUCUACCUCGAUGCCAACCAGAUCGAGGAGCUGCCUAAACAACUGUUUAACUGCCAGCUCCUCCACCGGCUGAGCAUGCCAGAUAAUGACCUCACGGUGUUGCCGGCAGCGAUCGCAAACCUCAUCAACCUCAGGGAGCUUGAUGUCAGCAAAAACAGUAUCCAGGAGUUUCCUGAAAAUAUCAAGAAUUGCAAAGUCCUAGCGGUUGUAGAAGCGAGCGUGAACCCCAUUUCCAAGCUCCCAGAAGGCUUCACCCAGCUCCUGAGUCUGACGCAGCUCUACCUGAAUGAUGCCUUCCUCGAGUUUCUACCAGCCAGCUUUGGCAGGUUGACUAAACUACAGAUCUUGGAGCUGAGGGAGAACCAGUUAAAGAUGUUGCCAAAGAGCAUGCAUAAGCUCACGCAGCUGGAGAGGCUGGACCUGGGGAGUAAUGAGUUCACUGAAGUGCCUGAGGUACUGGAGCAGCUGACUGGCAUCAAGGAGCUGUGGAUGGACGGGAACAGACUGACGUUUCUACCUGGGAUGCUGGGGACGCUCAAACAGCUUGGGUACCUGGAUGUGUCCAAGAACAACCUGGAGAUGGUCGAUGAGCAAAUCUGCGGGUGUGAGAGUCUGCAGGACCUCCUGCUGUCCAACAACGGCCUCACACAGCUGCCAGGCUCCAUUGGCUCCCUAAAGAAACUGACUGCACUGAAGGUGGAUGAGAACCAGCUCAUGUACUUGCCAGACUCCAUCGGCGGGCUGACCGCUCUGGACGAGCUGGACUGCAGUUUCAACGAGAUCGAAGCCUUGCCCUCGUCCAUCGGUCAGUGUGUCAACAUCCGCACCUUCGCAGCAGAUCACAACUUCCUGGCCCAGCUCCCUCCUGAGAUGGGAAGCUGGAAAAAUGCAACUGUGCUCUUCCUGCAUUCCAACAAGCUGGAGACUUUGCCCGAGGAGAUGGGGGACAUGCAGAAGCUCAAAGUCAUAAAUCUCAGCAACAACAAGUUAAAGAAUCUCCCGUACAGCUUCACUAAACUGAACCAGAUGACUGCAAUGUGGCUCUCUGAAAAUCAGUCAAAGCCCCUGAUCCCGCUCCAGAAAGAGGAGGACCCAGAGACGCACAAAACCGUGCUGACUAAUUACAUGUUCCCCCAGCAAACCAGGGCCGAGGACUACAUCCCCAACUCUGACUCUGAGAGCUUCAAUCCGGCUCUGUGGGAGGAACAGCGCAAACACCGAGCUCAGGUGGCCUUUGAGUGUGACGAGGACAAGGAUGAGAGAGAGACGCCCCCGAGGGAGGGCAACCUGAAGCGCUACCCCACACCAUAUCCAGACGAGCUGAAGAACAUGGUGAAGACGGCUCAGUCUGUGGCUCACAGGCUGAAGGAGGAUGAGUCUGGCGAUGAGUCGGGGAAAGAUGCAAGACCAGAGAGGAACCACAUCGGAGUGCAGGAUGUGGGACUGAAGGUGAUCGAGGCACCGUGUCCUAAUGGCACAGCAACAGACAUGGAUCCCCAAGUAUCGGCCUACCCCCUUAACCCCGCUCCACUGGAAUCAAAAGAGCUCUCCGAGUCUUACAGCUCUCAGAGAGUCCCGCUCAAGUCUUCAGAGGGCUCGAUGAUGAACCACGAGGACACACUGGAGGAUUCUGAGGAGCUGUCUGAUGAAGAAGAGGAGAUGAAGAUCGCAGAGAUGAGACCCCCUCUCAUCGAGAUCUCCAUCAACCAGCCUAAAGUGGUGACUUUAAGUAAGGACAAAAAAGAUGAUGCAGACUCUCUGCUGGAUGACACAGUGGCCAACAGCAACCAGAACAACAGUAACUGUUCUUCGCCCUCACGCAUGUCUGACUCAGUGUCACUGACCACAGACAGCAGUCAAGACAACUCUCUGUGCACCCCUGAGAGAGAGGCCAAGAUGCCCUUCCUCCCCAAAACACGGCAAGAAGAUGAGAAUAUGAACCAGCCCCCUAAAGACACCACCCCUCUCCUGCAUAAUGGUAACGGCUCAGAAACGUCCCUUCAGGCGCUUUUGAAAACCCAGCAGACCCCGCCAGAGAAAAUGGGAGACUACGACCUCUCCAUGGAAGCCAGGCUGGCCUUCAUCGAGAAGGGAAUCAACAACGGCAUGGGAGAAACCUACACCAAGUGGGAUCAGAUCAACAUGAACGUGUCCAAGCUGCCGACUGACAACAUGGUCCAGCUGGAUUCUGUGGACAAAACCAAGAACGGUGCGAUAACCGCGGAGGACUCAGACGGCAAGCAGGGUUAUAGAAACGAGCAUUAUCUGAAUGGGAACCAGCAGGUCGGCGACUGCUUCAACAGUCAGCUGACGCACGUGGAGACAUCUGCGGGGCAUUUGGCGUUGACAGGCAUGACAGCCAGCAGUGACAUGUCGCUGUCUCGCAGCACAGAGGAGCUGUCCCCGGAGAAAAGGCCCCAUCCCCCGCAGGUGAUGAAGUCUCACAGCAUCAGCAACAUAGAAUCAGGAGGUAUGAAGGUGUACUCCUUUGAUGGAGAUGGGGACAUGUAUGACUCAGCAGGGAGGAUGACAGGAGCAGGACCCGGACCGGGAGCGCAGGGUCAGAGCAUCGUCAGGAGCAAGUCCGCAAGCCAAUUACUGAACGAUCAGUCUCUGCAGAUUUACCCAAGCUCCUCUGCGUCCUCCUCAGACCUGCUCUCCUCCUCUAAGCCAGCUGCAAGCACCAGCAGAUACCCGGUCUCCUCCAGCAUGGCUAUGGGCAUCCCUCCUCCACAGUACAACAUCCAGUACACAAGCAGCGCCCUGCCUAAAGACGGCCUCUGGGCUCAGAGGACGCCCAUGCCCCCUGAGCACCAAGGCUACCUCCCCCCUCCUCCUCACUCUCUAGCCAACACCAACUAUUCAAACCGUAAUCAGGCACCUCCAUACCCUCUGCAGCCCCAGCAGAGAGGGCCCCCCAUGGCUCCCAAACCAUCAGGGGACAUGUGGGGUAAGGAUAGACUUCUUUCAGCUGGAGGACAGCCUAGAAGCAGCACCUUGCAGAGGCAAAGCAGCACCGCUUCCACAGCCUCCAUCGGCGACCCGAGGCGCAUUCAGGUGCCCGAAGGCGAAUACAUGACGUAUAGAGACAUUCACACCCUCGCAAGGGGGCCGCUAGCGAUGAGCGCGGCCAUGCAGAGGCCCCUCUCGGCUCGCACGUACAGCAUCGACGUACCCGGAACCUCCAGGCCGGUGAGCGCCAGGCCGCAGCCCCACGAGCUACCGGAGAGGACCAUGUCUGUGAGCGACUUCAACUACCAGCACGGCAGCCCCAGCAAGAGGCCCAACGCCAGGGUGAAGUCCGAGCACUCGCUGCUGGACGGGCCGGGACAGAUGGCAGGGGGAGCUGGAGGGGGGCGGGUGCCGGCUGACUGGAGGGACCAGGUGAUGCGGCACAUCGAGGCCAAGAAAAUGGAGAAGAACGCGCUGUCUCGCUCCUAUAAUUCCAAUAACUCACCGCUGAGCUGGUCUCACUACGGCAGCUGUAGAGAUAUGCAUGCCAGCCAAGGCUCUCUUGUGUUUAGUACCAGGGACGGACAGCCCUACGGAGCUCUGGGCUUCUGUGACGAUGUGUUUGUUCCCCAAGGGCAGCAGAGUUACACCCUGGACCCCCACAGAAAAGUGCCUUUGAUGAAUGGUCAGAUGGCCCCUCCCGGUCGUCCUCAGAUGAGCCAGUCUACCAUGGCCCGCCACCCUUCCAGAGAGCAGCUCAUAGAUUAUCUGAUGCUCAAAGUUUCCCAUCAGCCACCGGGGCCCCCACGAGUCCAGCACGAAGCAAUGCAGCAAGAGAUCCGUGUGAAAGUGGAGAAGAAUCCAGAGCUGGGCUUCAGUAUAUCAGGAGGCGUGGGAGGCCGGGGAAACCCCUUUCGUCCAGAUGACAAUGGUAUUUUUGUGACAAGGGUUCAACCUGAGGGUCCGGCAUCCAAGAUUCUCCAGCCUGGAGAUAAAAUCCUCACGGCGAACGGAUACAACUUUGUGAAUAUCGAUCAUGGGAACGCAGUGGCCCUCCUGAAGACGUUUCCAAACACUGUGGAUUUGACUAUCAUCAGAGAAAUUCAAGCAUAGACUUCACUGACCUCUGAAGACAAGGGCGGGUGUGGGGACAUGAGAAGAGAGACGAACGGAUGAAAUGACGUUGACUCUCAUAUUUUUAUACCCAGAGGAGAUUGAUCUGUCGAUACCUGAGAGGACUAUUUAUAGUAGAGAUCUUAUAGCCUUCAUUCAACGGGGAGAACCACUGAAUGUAGUGGAUCAAAGUGAGACGGCGGCGAAACCUCUGCAAGUACGAGUCCUCAAAAGGCCAUCACUGUGGUAUAUAUAUUUUUAUACAAAAGAAGCUGAAGAUAUGACCUGCUCUGAAGCAAAUAAUUACUGUGGUCUCUGUACAGAUCAUCUUUUUUUUUUUUUUAAGUCCGAAUCACAUAACUCCUUUAUCAUGAAUUAGGUUUUAUUUCUGCAGAGUGACAUGAAUUGACCACUAGGGGGCAGGGCUCCCUCUUUUCUGUCAUCCAGUUUGCCUUUUUUUUUUUUAAACUCUUUAUUUAAGAUGUUGAAACCGUUUACUGGUCUGCCGUGCGAUCUUAUAUGGAGGACGAUGUUACGUGAUUUUCCUGUGGAGACGAAUGUAGAUCAAGGAGCGGUUUGAUUUUGUUUUUUUCACGGAGGACAGAUUUCUUUCUCUACUUGCAAAAUGGGAGCGCUGAGAAGAGGAAGUCGUCCACCCCCUGCUUCCACGAACCUGUGAUCACCCUCCAGCGUACGGACGCUUCUAUCCUCACCUUCCUUCAAACAGCUCGGCGUGUCACCUGAGCAGACCACUACCUUUGCUGUGUUUGAACAGGAACAUAUUUGGGAAUAUCAGCACACAUCACAGCUUCUCAGAUGUUGAAGGAAAUGCAGUCGGAGAGUGUUCAUCCAAUAAAUGAAAGCAGAAAGGAAAUUCAGACAUCAGGGAGAUGUAGGAGGAGAGGUGUAGUUUGUUUGCUCAGCCUUAACCUGUUUUGCCAGUCAGAAGAUUUUAUUUAAAUCAAGAGUUUGACAUUUUGGGAAAUACUCUUAUUUGCUUUUAUCAUAGAUUUUUUUCAUUGUCUUUUAUUUUGAAGGGACUAAUUCCUUUGACAUCCUGGCGAAAACAGCAACAUUAAAACUCAGCAGAAAUAUAUAAAAUUACGUCAUUCAGCAUUCAGCUGCAAGAUGCACAUUUGAAAAAAAUGAAGUAAGCAUAGCUCCGUCAAAAAGUGCCAAAACUGAUCUACAAGCUCCUUUAAAUCUUCAAUAUUAAAGCUACAGUAAGGAGUUUUUACCUUGUUACGAAACAGACUGAAAUUAAUUACUCCUGAUGACUUACUAGAGUCAAAGAGAGCAUCAGCAUUAAGUGUAUACAACAAAACCAGCAAAGAUCAGGUCCAGCUUUGUCCACAGGGGGGCGCUAAAGUCGACACAUGAGUUCCUCACAGGAGCUUUAAAAUUUGGCGUCUUUCUCAAACAUGCAAACCCAGCAAUUGUGACAACAGUUGUCUUUUUCACUGAGAUUAAGUACUGGACUGUCUCUUGUUCAAGCGCCAGAACUCCCUCCUGGAGUCCUUGCUGGUCUUCUUGCAGCUUAGCAUGAAUGUGCAUGAAACACUUCGAAAUACGUCACAUUUUUUCAAAUGCACAUUUGAGAACAGUGAAGUAAGCAUGGCUCCGUCAAAAGGUGUCAAAGCUGACCAACAAGCUCCCUUAAAUCUCCAAUAUUAAAGCACCAGUAAGGAGUUUUUAGCUGGUUGCGAAACAGACUGAAAUUAAAUUUCUCCUGAUGACUUACUAGAGUCAAAAAGAGCAUCAGCAUUAAGUGUGUACAACAAAAGCAGCAAAGUACAGGAACAGCUUUGUCCACAGGGGGGCGCCAAAGUCGACAAAAGGUCAUUAAAAUGUGGCGUUUCUUUGAGACAUGCAAACCCAGCAGUCGUGAUAACAGUUGUCUUUUUUUACUGAGAUUAAGUGCUGGACUAUCUCUUGUUGAAGCGCCAGAACUCCUUCCUGGAGUCCGUGCUGGUCUUCUUGCAGCUUAGCAUGAAUGUGCAUGUAACACUUCGAAAUACGUCACAUUUUUUCAAAUGCACAUUUGAGAACAGUGAAGUAAGCAUGGCUCCGUCAAAAGAUGCCAAAACUGACCAACAAGCUCCUUUAAAUCUCCAAUAUUAAAGCAUCAGUAAGGAGUUUUUAGCUGGUUAUGAAACAGACUGAAAUUAGAUUUGUCCUGAUGACUUACUAGAGUCAAAAAGAGCAUCAGCAUUAAGUGUGUACAACAAAACCAGCAAAAUACAGGUACAGCUUUGUCCACAGGGGGCGCCAAAAUCGACACACGAGUUCCUUACAGGAGCUUUAAAAUGUGGCGUUUCUUUCCAAUGCGCAAACCCAAGAGCUGUGAUAACAGUUGACUUUUUUACUGAGAUUAAGUGUUGGACUAUCUCUUGUAGAAGCCCCAGAACUCCUUCCAUGAGUCCGUGCUGGUCUCCUUGCACCUUAGCACAAAUCUGCACGAAACACUUCGAACACCUCUAAAUCUCCAAUAUUAAAGCUACAGUAAGGAGUUUUUAGCUAGUUACGAAACAGAUUGAAAUUAAUUUCUCCUGAUGACUUAAGAGAGUCAAAAAGAGCAUCAGCAUUAAGUGUGUACAACAAAACCAGCAAAGUACAGGUACAGCUUUGUCCACAGGGGGCGCCAAAGUCGACUCAAAAGGUCCUCACAGGAGCUUUAAAAUGUGGUGUUUGUUUCAAACACGCAAACCCAAGAGUUCUGACAACAGUUGUCUUUUUUUACUGAGAUUAAGUUCUGGACUGUAUCUUAGCACCAGAACUCCUUCCUGGAGUCCGUGCUGGUUGGUUUGCAGCUUAGCAUAAAUCUGCACAAAACCCUUUGAAAUACGUCACACUGUUUCCAAACUCAGCUUGCGUACUCAUCAAACCUAGCUUAUAUUGAUCAUCUUAAAUUGGUAACAGGAAAUUUUGUAACCUUCAGACAACUCUAGCUUGUUAGCCGUUUCCCUGUCUCCGUCUUCGGAGCUGCUAAUGAAGAGUUUUCAGUCUUCUCCGAUCUCUUUCCAACAGAAAGCAAAAACGAACAUUUCCCAAAAUGUCAAAACUCUUCCUUUUUAGUACAGAGAGAUGUUAGCGGUUAUGCUAGUCAACCAAAGCAAGUUUUAGAAAUUGUGGACGGAGGGCAAAAAGCAGGAGACAACCUAAAGAGAGAUAUCUGAAUAAGAUCAUGUAAACAUUCAUUUUAUUUUGAAAGGGCUUCAUCUUUCGGGCAGCCGUUGUGAUUCGAGGCGGGGAGGUUUCAACAUCUUGUCAGUUUUAAUUUCUUACAUGGGAGAAGACCACAGUUUGCCUUCAUGUCUUUUGAAAUGUUUUAUCAUGCUUUUACUCAUCACCUUCAGUUUUUUUUUCUCUCUUCGCUGUACAGAGAGUGGAGUCGGAAGAAGUGAAUUGUCAAGUGCCAUAGACCUUGAACUGUUUGAACAGUGUGGGGGGGGAACGUUUGACCCCGGAGCCCAAGCAAUAUUCACAUAUUCACCAUCAUCUGAGAGCAUUAGCAGCAUAACGGCUUCAAGCAAUAUUUAAAGCCUUUAUUUUCAUCCAGAGAGAAAACACAACAUCAGAUCACAUUUUUAAAAAACACAACCUUUUAGUAAUCCCUGGUGAUUUUACAUGAUUUUUAUAAUGUGAAAAGAAUCUUUUUGUAUUGAAAUAGCACAGGAUAUAUAUACAGUAGUGCUUAAAAAAAAAAAGAAAAGAUCUCUGCAUUGUGUUGAAGUGAAUGUCUGUCACUUUGCCCAAGGCUUUUUACUGUUAUUUGCUUGAUUGCCAUAACUUUCAGAUGUUCAUCCGAGUUAAAUAACCUAGAAAAGAAAAAGAGAAACUAGUCACAGCUGCUUCUCAGAACAUUCCUGUGUUUAUCAGAAGUGUUUGAAGUCCACUUUCUCCGUGCUUUUCUUCAUUCACUUGUAAAUAACUUUUUCAGUGAAGACGUAUUUCCAAAAGGAACGGAAAUGAUACAAUUGUCGUAUUAAUUAAUGGCCCUAUAAACUCUAACCGCACAUUUGUGACCACUGAAUUUGUUUGUACGAUAUUUAAUAGACUUCCAUCCUGAAACGGCAUUCCCUCAAAUUAUCUGCAGUAGAUUGCGUCUUAAAUCUUCUGUUCUAUUCCCGUAUUUAGAGAAGUUUGACCAACACUUAAACUGUGGCGUAGUCCAACAAAAUGAAAAACUAGUCAUGUGAAAAUGAUAAAGGGGAGUUCUACUACUUUUUAACUUGAACUCAAAACAACAUUAAAAGUUAUGAAACUGCUUUAAACUACAGUUUGACUGGCUGCAUGUUUCAGGUCAAAUGUUUCCAUUAAGUGUGAGUUUUUUAUUAUUCACAGUGAAGAAAACAUGCUUCAUUCGAAGUUUAAAAGUUAUGUUGCUCUCUUUAAAGUUCCCAAACUCCACUGGCAAAAGCAUGAAUUUUACUGAACAGAGCUCUGGAGUUGCUGAUCUACGCCUGCUGUCAUCCAUUAGUCUGAAUUGUUUGAAUUGUAUGGCUUAAGGUGAAAGCUUUGAUUAAACUGAACACAAUAACAGAAUGGGAAAGUAGUCAGCAGAGGCAGGGGUAGACCAGUAACUCCCAUGUGUUGCAAGAUAAAGUUGCCACUUGUUCAAUGUGACCUGGUGGUUAUGGAGACAAUCAUGUAACAACUGUUUCUCAUUUAAAAAAAAGACUCCAAUUCCCUUCAAUUAAAUGUCUCUUUCUAGUACUUGGCAGAAUUGCUUGUCUACCACCAUCAUGACCAGUCAGUCUGGAGUGUUUGAAUCUGCUGUGUGAAUGGGGUGAGCUCUGAUUCUAAACCACCACAAUGUCACCUUAGUAAAGCAGCUGGCAGAAGCAGUGGUAGACCAACAACUCCCAUGUUUUUAAAGGUUAGAUUACUGCUUCCUUUGAUGGAGUCUGUUGGCUAUGGAGGAAAUUAUGUAACCACUAAAAAGGAAUGUUCCCUGCAUUGAAUAUUCUACUUCUAUCACCUUGCAAAUAACCGGGACUUGCUGGUCUACCACGCCAUAAUUAUUUAGUAGAUCUAAAAUGUUCUUUGACUUUGGUGGUUGAAGAUGUGAGCUCUGAUUCAAUAACACCACAAUGGCAUCUUAGAAAAGAAGCAGGCCGAAGCAGCAGUAGACCAACAACUCCCAUGUUUUUAAAGGUUAGAUUACUGCUUCCUUUGAUGGAGUCUGUUGGCUAUGGAGGAAAUUAUGUAACCACUAAAAAGGAAUGUUCCCUGCAUUGAAUAUUCUACUUCUAUCACCUUGCAAAUAACCGGGACUUGCUGGUCUACCACGCCAUAAUUAUUUAGUUGAUCUGAAAUGUUCUUUGACUUUGGUGGUUGAAGGUGUGAGCUCUGAUUCAAUAACACCACAAUGGCAUCUUAGAAAAGUAGCUUUGAUGGAGUCUGAAUUAUGUAACUGCUGUUCCUAAACUAAAAAAGGCAUGUUCCUAGCAAGUAACCUGGACUUGCUGGUCUACCCCUGCUGUAACUAUUUAGUAGAUUUGGCAUAUUCUUCGACUUUAGAGGCUGAAGGUGAGAGCUCUGAUCUGACGAAGCUCAAAAACAUGAUAGAAAAGAACCAGUCGAUAAAGGGGUAGACCAGCAACUCCCAUGUUUUUAAAGGUUAAAUUACAGUUUCUUUGAUGGUCUGUUGUCCAUGGAAGAAAUUCUGUAACCACUGUCUCCAAUUUAAAAAGGCAUGUUCCUAGGAAAUAACCUGGACUUGCUGGUCUACCACGUCAUAAUUAUCUAGUAGAUCUGAAAUGCUCUUUGACCUUGGAGGCUAAGGGUGAAGCUCUGAUCUGACGAAGCUCAAAAACAUAACAGAAAAUAACCAGUCAAUAAAGGGGUAGACCAGCAACUCCCAUGUCUUUGUCAGUCCAGUGUGCUGGCUUUAGAGGCGAUGAUGUAAUAACUGUCUUGUCAAGAAAGGACGUCACCCUAAUUCGAAUUUGUGCAACCUAGCUGAACUUAAAUUGUUUGUCUACCUCUGCCAUGAUCAGUUAGAGGAUCUGAAUUGUUUAUGUUAUUUAAGGUGUGCGCUGUGAUCCAACAAACCACAGAAACACAACAGAGACAUAACAAGUUGAGGCAGGAGUAGAGCAACAACUCCCAUACUUUAAAAGAAGAGUUACUGGUAUUAUAAACAGAGUCUUGUGACUUCAUUGUUCCUGGUUAUUUUGUUGCCUUCAUUGAAAUGUUGUAAUGUGUAGCAACUCUUCUGUUUGAGUCUGUCAUCGGCUAAAAAGCAGUGCACUGAUUGGAUGAUGACACCACAAAGAUUACUGUGCAGUCACUCUGAGGCUAUUUCAAAACUUUUGAACCUGUUUGUUGUUACUGAGUCCAAAAUGCGUCAAAAAGAGAUUGAAGGCAAGUUUAAAAAUGUGGGGAAUCCUCUUUAAAUAGUGAAAAUAAAAUGAGGUAGUUUUUCUAAACGAAGCUGAACCCUUAGAUUUGAGAGUAAAAUGACGUUAAGAAGUGCGUGUCCCGAGUUUCUCACUGAACAUGUGGCGUUUCACACAGAUGAACUGUUGUUUAUAUUGUUUGUUUUAAUUCUGUUGCUGGUUUCUGUCGACUUUUAAGAGUAGGGGGGGUUUAAAUCUUUCUGGGGGUUACGGUCACUUUAUUUAUACUCAUGAUGAAAAAAAAAUAAAAGAUGCAGUCUGACAUCGUAGACAAUCUUGGGAGAUAAAAACAACGUUACAUUUUCUUCAUUCACGGUCGGUCUGUUUCUUCCGCUCCUGUACUGUUCUUAUUUAUUUAGCAGUCUUCUGUGGUUUUUAGACCUUACUAAUCAAAUUGUAAAUACUCUAAAAAAAAAAUUAAAAAAACACCAAGACAUUUGAGAAAAAGAAAUUAAUAAUGGCAUUAGUGACUUGCGAUUGUAAAACCAGCAAUAAAUUGCAAUGCAGAGGCACCCGUUUUAAUGUAUAGCUAGUAUUUCUAAGGUUUCUCUGGAAACAGCCACAGUGAGAUGAUGAUGAAGAUGAUGAUGAUGAUGAUUGAUAUGCAUUUAUCCAACAUUCCAGAUUUUGUACAUAAUUACCUGUUUCUGAAGUAACCUGUGGAAAAUAAAACUAAUGCUCUUUAA